AUGACAAAGGAUUAUCAAGAUUUCCAACACCUGGACAAUGAGGAGAACGACCUUCAUCGACUCCAGAGAGGGCCCCAACCCUCUCCAUCGCUCUUGCACCGUCUCUGCUCUGGAUCCCGUCUCCUCCUGCUCUCCCUGGGCCUCAGCCUCCUGUUGCUGGUGGUUGUCUGUGUGAUCGCAUCCCAAAGUGGGUGACCAGGGCUGGGCAGAGAAAGGGAGAAACUUUGGGGGUGGUUCUGUUGUUUCUACACUGAACAAGUUUCUCCUCUAGGAGGUAGUGUGGGAAGAAAGAUGAAGCUACUGGAAUCACAGCUGGAGAAACAGCAGCAGGAUCUGAGUGAAGGUCACUCCAAUUUGAUGCUGCACGUGAAGCAGUUAGUGUAUGACCUGCAAAGCCUGAGCUGUCAGAUGGCUGUGCUUCAGGGCAAUGGCUCUGAAAGGACCUGCUGCCCCAUCAACUGGGUGGAGUAUGAGGGCAGCUGCUACUGGUUCUCCAGCUCCGGGAGGUCCUGGACUGAGGCUGACAAGUACUGCCAGCUGGAGAAUGCCCACCUGGCGGUGGUGACCUCCUGGGAUGAGCAGAAAUUUGUCCAGCAUCACAUGGGCCCUACAAACACUUGGAUUGGCCUAACUGAUCAGAAUGGGCCCUGGAAAUGGGUGGAUGGGACCGACUAUGAGAAAAACUUCAAGAACUGGAGACCAGAGCAGCCGGAUGACUGGCAUGGGCACGGGCUUGGAGGAGGCGAGGACUGUGCCCACUUUACCUCUGAUGGCCGCUGGAAGAGGCCCUACCGCUGGGUCUGCGAGAAAAAGUUGGGCAAGCCCAAUUAGGAGCAGGAGCCUCCUCCACUUAAUUUAUUUCCUUAGUGCUUUGAGCUGCCGAAGUUUGGAAUUGGGAGAUUCUACCUAGGGGUCUCCACAGUCUUGGGGAUUUUCAUCCAGGGUUUCAAGGGAAGGGUAAAUGGUAUUUGAGGAGUGUGGUAUGACGCACGAUGGGUGUUGGGGUUAUUGAGACCUAUGGCACUUUGU